UCAGUAAAGCCAGCGAGCUCCCAACAGAAAAAGCCUACGCCCAGCGGCCCAUGCCCUGUUCCUCUCCAGCUCUCCUCCCCGUAGCUGUAGGCUGUAGCUCCUCCCACACACGGACGGACACACCCACCGCCCAGUUCAAAUUUCAAACUUCGAACCACGCCUCCGCUGCACGGCCGCACGGCCUCGACCGGCGAGCCUCCCCUGACGCGUCAGUACCACCACCAGCGUCCGUUUCCGUUCCGUCCAUAAAUCCCCCGUCCGGACGGUGCCAAGAGAGAGAUAGAGCGGAUCAUUACUGCUAGCCGAGGCCGUAAUCCGGAAUGGCGCUAUCACUGCAUCGUCUAGCUGUAGUAUCAGUAUCUCAUCGCUAGAUUUGCGCCUCCCCCUCCCCGCGUUUCUUUCCGCUUUGCGCCCUGAUGGGUCAAUCAUCACUCAGCACCUGAAAAGGCGCGGCGCGACCGCGAUUGUUCAUUUCUUCUCCCCUCCGCCGUGUGUGGUGCCGCGUCGCGGUAAACAAAUUAAAGCGACCGAGAGAGAAAGAACAGGGGGAUUAGACUGUUCGUGGCCGUGCGAGCGGAAACCGGCCGUCCCCUUCUUCUAGCUCGCCGGUCGCCUCGCCUCCAAUCGCCGCCGUUUUCUGCUGCUUUCGGCUGGUGGCGCUUGCCCGUCGGGGAAGGAGGGAUAUGAGGAUGAAGACGCUGGCGUGCUGCCGGCGGCGCCCGCAGGACUUCAGCAUCGACAUGGACCAAGAGCCUGACAGAGUGACGACGUACAAUGGCCUCGAGAGCUGCAUUUUCAACAGUUCCUCUUGUGAUGAGGACAGUGGCGUUAGUGCAACAACUGGGGCAGAUGGCUGUGUUACCACUGACUCCCUUGAAGAUGAAGUUUCAAGUUGCUCCUCCAGCAAGGAUGUUUAUGGCUCUUCCUUUUCUUCACAAUGCCUUACACUGAGCAAGCAGGAGGAGCAUUCACUUUAUGAGCUGGAUACACUCGAUUCUGUCCAUCUACUUCCCAUCAAAGGGAAGAAUCCAAUUACAUAUACUCUGAGUGCUUCAGAUAUUGAAACCAUGAAGGAGAAGUUUGCAAGGCUACUGCUUGGUGAUGACGUUUCAGGAGGUGCCAGAGGCGUGUGUGCUGCUCUGGCCUUGUCCAAUGGCAUAACUAAUCUCUCAGCCACUAUUUUUGGAGAGCUGUGGAAGCUGGAACCACUAUGCAAGGAGAAAAAGAUCCGGUGGCGGAAGGAAAUGGAUUGGCUGCUUUCUCCUACAACUUACAUGGUCGAGUUAGUUCCUACGAAGCAAAAUGGAGCAGAUGGGUGCGUGUUUGAGAUUAUGACCCCGAAAGCUCGUUCAGAUGUUCAUGUGAACCUUCCUGCUCUUCAGAAGCUUGAUUCCAUGCUAAUUGAAGUUCUGGACUCAAUGGUGGACACAGAGUAUUGGUACGAGGACAGUGGCAGCCGAGCUGGUAGCCGGGGCAAAAAUAAUGGUCAGAGACAGACCAAAAAGUGGUGGCUCCCUUCCCCUUGUGUCCCUGAACAAGGGUUAUCUCAAUUGCAGAGGAAAAGGAUUAUCUUUCAGGCUAAACUUGUUCAUCAGAUCCUCAAAGCUGCGAAGUCUAUCAAUGAACAAGUCCUGCUUCAGAUCCCUAUUCCCACGGCUGUUAUGGACGCCCUUCCAAAGUCUGGAAGAGCUAGCCUGGGUGAAGACUUGUACCAUGCUAUAACCACGGACUAUAUUCCAAUCGAGGAAAUCUUCAUUUCUCUCAGUUUGAAAACCGAGCAUAGCGUGCUCGAGACUAUGAACCGGCUAGAGGGUGCGUUGUUCGCAUGGAAUCAGAGGAUCUCAGAGGAAAGAAGCAGGAGGUCCCCUGCUCGGCAUUCCUGGAACUUCAUGAAGGACAAAUCAUCGGAGGUAGAGAAGAUGUCCGCGUGCAUAGAGAGGGUCGAAACCCUCGUGCAGCUCCUGAAAUCCAGGUUUCCCAACCUGCCGCCGACGUUCGUUGACGUCGUGAAGGUCCAGUACAACGAGGACGUUGGGCAUGCCAUCGUGGAGGCCUACUCGAGGGUUCUGGUCGGCGUAGCGUUCAGCAUACUGUCCCGGGUGGCGGAGAUCAUGUUGGAGGACGACCUGAUCAAGAAGCCCAACACGCCGAUGGCCACCCUGAAGUUCGACCUCUCGUCCGACGUGUACCUGGCGGGCAUCACGGAGACGCCGCCGGGCCACAUCCGGCGCUCCCUCAUGGACCAGAUCAGCAUGGUGGACGGGCGCUUCGAUGCCAUCGUCAAGAAGAAAGGCGCGAAGCAGCUGGUGUGGUGAAUGCGGGGCGGGGGCGUCGUUGUACAGGGGCCGCGUGCCGGCUACACAAGCUACAUUUACCUUACUAGUACUAGUGCACUGCGUUUUGGGGGUGAACUGAAUAGUAGUGUUGUAACAGCAGCGUUGGCCGAGUCUUGCUGAUGGCAACCCAGAUGCUGCUUCUGUCCUGCGUCGGAUGCAAAAACCUGGUGGUCUUGGUCAGGUUUUGUGUAACUGUUAUUAGUGGUACCUGAUGAUGCA